CCAAAUGCAAAAGAGAAAAGGUAUAUAUAUAUCUAAUAUAUGAUCAGAUGUUCAAAAACCCUAAAGCACGUUUCAUCACCCAAAUCUGCCGCCGCCGCCGCCGCCUCCACCUCCACCGCCAUUGCCGCCAUAGUUGAUCCUGAGUAAUGGAUUCGAGUUACUCUGAUUCUCGUCCCAUGUUCGUGCAAUCGCCUUGGAAUCAAACGCAUACGAAUGAUUCAAUGCCUUAUCCGAUGAACAACGAACAAUCUGAAUCACAAUCUCAGCCUUCUUUGAAAAGGCCAAGACUCCACGAUGAUACCGUCUUUACUCCCACGAGUAACAACAGUUCUUGGAUGGCUCCACCGUCAAACACUCCUCCUAUGAACAAAGGGACGGCUAACAUAUUCUACAAGACGAGGAUGUGUGCAAAGUUCAAGGCGGGGACUUGUAUGAAUGGAGAUCCUUGCAAUUUCGCACACGGCAUGGAGGAUCUGAGGCAGCCUCCUUCUAAUUGGCAGGAGAUUGUUGGACCUCCUCCUCCUGCUGUUCAAGACAGGGCAAGAGAAAGGGAAAGGGAAAGGGAAAGGGAAAGGGAAAGGGAAAGGCCGUCUUCUUCUUCUGUGUCUGCUAGUAAUUGGGAAGAUGAUCAGAAGAUAAUCUUGAGGAUGAAGCUUUGCAGGAAGUUUUGUUUUGGUGAGGAGUGUCCUUAUGGGGAUAGGUGUAAUUUCGUUCAUCAGGAUCUUUCCAAGUUUCGUGAUGAGUCUGGGAAAUUGAGAGAGAGUUUGGCUAUAAGCGUUGGUACUGAUCCAGCUUCUGUUGAGAAUGGUGGUGGUACUGGUUCUCAUCAAGUGGAAGUGAAUAGACGAGGAGGCAUUCCUGUACCUGCAUCGUUGAAUAAUGGUGUUGUCAAGACUGUGUACUGGAAGACUAGGAUAUGCAUGAAGUUUGAGAAUGGUCAGUGUCCUUUUGGAGAUAACUGUCACUUUGCUCAUGGCCAAGCAGAGCUGCUAUAUUACUCUGGAGAAACUGUAAACGCAGCAGCGUCUUUGAGUAAACAAACAGUGGUGCCUGGUAACGAAGCAUUUGCGAUGAAACCGAGUGCAGCACAAGUAGUAACAGCAGAUUCUUCUGGCCUUAACGAUGAAGGGAGACGAAAGAAGUGUUUGCUCAAGUGGAGUGACUCCAAGAAGAUUAAUCGAAUCUAUGGAGACUGGAUUGAUGAUUUACCGGUGGGUCAAAAGUCGACAAAACCAGUGGAGAGCUGAGUCUUCCUAGUUCUGGUUCCAUUUCUCUCGUCUUUGAUGAUCAAAGGUGGAAAUUUUGAAACAGUAGAAAUAAUGUUUUUCUGCUAUCAUUAGCAAUUCUUUGAUUGGCUCUGUUGUUGAUGAACUACAUAUAAUAUAUACAGCUUAGGAUUUCAAUGUCGUUCUAAUCUUUGAUUACAUAAAUUGCUUUGAUCAUUAGUGGCUUCCAUAUAAUAGCCCAGUUUGAUUUUUAAUACUACUUUGAUCACUGAGUUUCUUCUAAGACUACUUUAUAAGCCACGGGCCAUAUCAUAGCCCAGUUUGAUUUUUGGCUCCUCUUCUAAAAACGAUUGUUGUAACGAAACAAGCCAUCGUCAAUGUAUUGAAUCUUUUUUUAGUUUGACCAUGUAGCCGAAUCAUUGAUUUUCAUGAAAGUGUUAUGGGUCCAUCAAAUAAUGCGUAACUGAAAUAUUAACAAAUACUACAAGGAAAGAGAAGUAUGCUAGAAACACACUAAAGACGAUAAAUCAACAAGAGCUCUACAUCAUAUAAAGCAGAAGAUAUCACUAUAAUGACAUUUCACUACAAAGUCACAGCACUCAAUGGGUUAAAUCUGAACAACCUGUUUUAAUAACUGUAAUGCAGAAAGUUGACUAGCCUUUAGACUAAAAGAGGAAAACGAAAGGAUAACUUUAACGACUUUAGCAUAUCUUCCAUUUGCUUUUUAACAACUUUUCCCAACUCAAAAAGCCAAUCAAUAUGAAGAGACAUUUAGUGACUUAGAGCCUCUCCAGGAUACACCUCUAUAUUUUUCUCUAAAAUAGAGAUCUCUAUUA